AUGGCUCCGCGCAGCAAACGGCGGCGUCUAAGCGACCUGUCGGACGAUCUUAGUGACUCGGAGAUCUAUAAGCCCGCAACUCUCUCUGACAAAGAAAGUUGGAAUGGGUUUUGUGAGAUUGAGUCAGAGCCAGCUUUAUUCAACGUGAUGCUUCGUGAAUUUGGGGUCCGCGGAGUCAAAGUUCAGGAGGUGGUCUCCUUAGACGAGGAAAUGAUGGCAUUUAUGAACAAACCGAUCUAUGGAUUGAUCUUCCUCUUCCGCUGGCGUGAGGAUGAUGCCCACAAGCAAGAGGCGAGCUGCCCCGAUGGGAUUUGGUUCGCCAACCAGACUGCUAGCAAUGCCUGUGCUAGUGUGGCCUUGUUGAACAUUGUCAACAACAUCCCCGAUGUCGAUCUCGGAGAGCAUCUCCGUCACUUCAAAGAAUUCACUAUGCCCUUCACACCCGCGUUACGAGGUGAUGCCAUCAACAAUUUUGAAUUUGUCAAACGAGUCCACAACUCAUUUGCCCGCAAGAUGGACAUCCUCAACUCGGAUCUUCAACUUCACGUGGAAUCCAGGACCCGUAAGAAGGCUUCCACCGGCCCGAACGACGACGAUGACGACUCAUCUUUCCACUUCAUUGCUUUCAUGCCGGUCAUGGGCCAAGUGUGGAAGUUUGACGGCUUGGAACGACAGCCGCAAUCGAUCGGUCAAUGCUCUGAAGAUGACUGGCUCGACCUCGUGCGUCCCAACCUGCUCGAACGCAUGGCAGCCUAUGAGGAAGACCAUAUCGAGUUCUCCAUCCUGGGGUUAGUCCGAGAUCCCCUGCCCGAUCUUGUCCAGAAACUCGCCGUGAACGUGAGGAGCCUAGAGCUCAUUCACGCACACCUGCCACCGGUGACGGAGGGCACAACCGCCCCUUCUUACCUUGAAAGAACCGUUCUCGGCCCGGACGCGUCUUUGGGAUUGACCCGAGUUGUCCUCGAUGCUGCGACGGUGCCGGAGGCCACCCGCAUCGCAUACCAAGACUCCUCGGAAAGUCAACUGGACACGCAACGACAGGCACUGUGUGAGACGCAGACGGAAUUGUGCGCCCGUGUUCGUGAAGAGCAACAGUCGCAGCGAGCAGAUGAUGACUACGCGACCGGGCGACGUUUCGAUUACGGGCCCGCGGUGCGAACCUGGCUACAGUUCCUGGCGCGCAAGCAGGUCCUGGCGGAUUUGCUUCGAUAG